AAUCCGCUCAACAUCUCACGAGAAAAACAGAGAACUCGCCGGCAGAGGCUCCUCCUCUUCUCCCCUCUCGCUGUCGGCUCCCUCCCUCGCUCCCAUGGACUCGGCGAACGGCGACAACAUGGCGGCCGGCAUCAUGCGGCUGCUCAUGCUGAUGGUGAGGGGGCCCUCGGCCGCGGACGCAAUGCCGGGGGCGGGCGGCGGGCGGGUGACGGUGCAUCACUUCAUCCUCGGCGGCGACCUCUUCUCCGGCGAGGUCGGCGGCGGCGUCCCGCCGGCGUCCAAGGCGGCGAUCGCCUCGCUGAAGGAGGUCCAGGGCGCCGGCGGGGACGGCGAGGGCGAGGGCUCGCUGGGCGACUGCGCGAUCUGCCUCGACGCGUUCGGGGCCGGCAAGGAGAUGCCGUGCGGGCACCGCUUCCACGGGGAGUGCCUGGAGCGGUGGCUAGGCGUGCACGGGAGCUGCCCCGUCUGCCGCCACGAGCUCCCCAAGGCGGACCCGGCGGCCGAGGAGCAGCAGCAGCAGAGCGGCGACGGAGAGAGGCGCGGGCCCAGGGGCGCGGUGCUGGUCAGCAUCGUGACGCUGCGAGGAGCGGAGAGGCCGCAGGAGGAGGAGCAGAGGGAGGAGCCGAUCAACAUCCGGAUCGAGGACGUGGAUUAGGAGUAGGGUUAGGCUUCCAAUUGGUUCCGAUUGGUUCGUUUCAAGGCGGCGGCGGCGGUUUACUUUUCUUCAUCAUCUUCGUUGUACAUACACCAACUAGUAGUUGCUGAAGAGGAGAAGAGGAGGAAUUGGGGGUAAAACUGUGUACAUAAUUCAGAUGCGGAAGAUGCUGUGAUGUCAAUGAAACUGGUUUUUUUCUCCCUUCAGACAAA